CCGGCGCCCUACUCCUUGAGCCACAGGCCCCGCCCAGUAAAAAUUCUUAAAAGGCCAUUUUUUUUUUUUUCUCAAAGCAACUGUUCCAUGUAUUUUCCCUGUAGUCUGGCUUCAUUACAGUUAUUGUGCGCCUAUUUUAUGCCUUUUACUGUGUUCUUUUGAAGAUGGGUCAAAUCUCAUCCAUUUUUAAAUAGUGAUGAAUGUACAAAAUUUUGGAGGUGUGUGGAGGGUGCGGUGCAGUUGACCCAAUCCUAUUUCAGAAGUAAUGCUUUAGUUGUUUGCCAAUGUUGCACUUGAGUUGUAUUUCAGCCAGAAUACUGAUUACGUUAAAAACAAACAGUUCUUGUUGCCAGAAUUAAAAAAAAAGGUCUAUAUUUGUGAAUGGUUACCUCAAGAAAAGUAAAUAUUUGACCAAAAUAGCAAAUCAAAUUUACUCAAGUUGAAUAUUUUAAGUGGCUUUUGGAUGACUUUACAUUGAUAUUUGUUUAGAGUAAUUUAAGUAAAUAGUAUUUGAUAGUUAGUGUAGGCUAACUUACCUCUCUUCAAAAUGCAGCCUUUUAUCGAAAUUGUGCUGAUAGGACUGGUAAGAUGGGGGAGGCAGUAAUGGUAGCCUCAAGGACUGUUAAUUACGAGGAUUAUUAAAAAACUUCAGUGUUAAAAUUUCACCUUGUCAAUAGUAAUUUGUUAUCAUUUCUAGGACCUAAGUGUGGGCUUCAGUUAAAUGUAUGACAACAGCCUGGAACAUAUUAUAUUGACCUUUAGAGGCCAUUAAUCUAAUGAAGUGAAAUUCUGAUGAAAAGAUUAGUUAUUCCAGAUGAGGUGAGAGGAAUCACUGCCUCUUAAUACUUAAUAGUUAGACUCAACAUGGUUAGAGAGGGGAUAUUGAACUCUCUGAAUACUGUCCCAGCAUCUCUGGAUAAAAAUCUGUAUUCUAGUCUGAGCUGUGGGAAGAAAGGAUUGUUGAUCUGUGGUUUUCCUGCUUGAAGGAUACAAUGUUUUCCAAACUAGCACAUUUGCAGAAGGUUGUUGUGCUUCCUCGUGGAGUUCAUUCUUCAGUGGCUUCUGCCACAUCUGUUGCAACUAAAAAAACAGUCCAAGGCCCUCCAUCCUCUGAGUACAUUUUUGAAAGGGAAUCUAAAUAUGGUGCUCAUAACUACCAUCCUUUACCUGUAGCCCUGGAGAGAGGAAAAGGUGUUUACCUAUGGGACGUAGAAGGCAGAAAAUAUUUUGACUUCCUGAGUUCUUAUAGUGCUGUUAACCAAGGGCAUUGUCAUCCAAAGAUUGUGAAUGCUCUAAAGAGUCAAGUGGAUAAAUUGACUUUAACAUCUAGGGCUUUCUAUAAUAAUGUACUUGGUGAAUAUGAGGAGUACAUUACUAAACUUUUCAACUAUCACAAAGUUCUUCCUAUGAAUACAGGAGUAGAGGCUGGAGAGACUGCCUGCAAACUAGCUCGGAGAUGGGGCUAUUCCGUGAAGGGAAUUCAGAAAUACAAAGCAAAGAUUGUUUUUGCAGCUGGAAACUUUUGGGGUAGGACUUUGUCUGCUAUCUCCAGUUCCACGGACCCAACCAGUUAUGAUGGUUUUGGACCAUUUAUGCCAGGAUUUGAAAUCAUUCCGUAUAACGAUCUGUCUGCAUUAGAGCGUGCUCUUCAAGACCCAAAUGUUGCUGCGUUUAUGGUUGAGCCAAUCCAGGGUGAAGCCGGAGUUGUUGUCCCAGAUCCAGGCUACCUAAUGGGAGUACGGGAACUCUGCACCAGGCACCAGGUUCUGUUUAUUGCUGAUGAAAUACAGACAGGAUUGGCCAGAACUGGUAGAUGGCUGGCUGUUGAUCAUGAAAACGUCAGACCUGAUAUAGUCCUUCUUGGAAAGGCCCUUUCUGGGGGCCUAUACCCUGUGUCUGCGGUGUUGUGUGAUGAUGAAAUAAUGCUGACCAUCAAACCAGGGGAACACGGGUCCACGUAUGGGGGCAACCCGCUGGGCUGCCGGGUGGCUAUUGCAGCCCUUGAGGUUUUGGAAGAAGAAAACCUUGCAGAAAAUGCAGACAAAAUGGGUACUAUCUUGAGAAACGAACUCAUGAAGCUACCCGCUGAUGUCGUCACUGCCGUAAGAGGAAAAGGAUUAUUAAAUGCUAUUGUUAUUAAAGAAACAAAAGAUUAUGAUGCUUGGAAGGUGUGUCUACGACUCCGAGAUAACGGACUUCUGGCCAAGCCAACCCAUGGUGACAUCAUCAGGUUUGCUCCGCCACUAGUGAUCAAGGAGGAUGAGAUUCGAGAAUCCAUUGAAAUCAUUAACAAGACCAUCUUGUCUUUCUGAGGGCUCCCGCUGGAGGGAGCCUGCUGGAAAUGUGGUCUAAAAGCUCUGCUUCUAAUGCAGGCACAUUUCACUCCUACAUGUCUUCAAAGACUUUUUUGAACUAUAUAUUUUUUUCAGUUGAUACAUAAUAGAAUGACAUUUAUGAGCCUGCAGUUUGCUGUAUAACAUAAAAGAAUGUAAUGGCAUCUAUAUUCAGUGUAAGGUUUCUAUGUGCAUGUAAUCUAUAUAUAGACAGCCAUUAAAACAAGUCCUUUGGUGUAAUUUAUAUACGUUUUUAUAAUUUCUUUGCUGAUAUAAAUAUUUCAUAUUUGAAAGUUAUCUUUGAGCUAUUACAUAAAGGGCUUGAUCAACCUUAUAAAGUUAAAUCAUUAUAUUUAUUUGAGUGUAAAAGUAUAGUUAGAAUGAACAAUACUUGAUAGCACAACAAGGUGACUGUAAUCAACAAUAAGUUGGGGCAUAAUUUAAAAUAACUAGAAGAGUGGAAUUGGAAUGUUCUUAACACAAAGGAAAACGUUAAAUGCCUGAGAUGAUGGACAUCCUAGUCACCCUGAUUUGAUUAAUACACAUGGUGUGCCUGUACCCUGUAAAGAUACGCAACAGUUACGUACCCCUAGUAGUUAAAAAUUAAAAAGUUGAAAUCACCGUAAUAAUCGGAUUUUAGGAAGUGUUAAUGGUUAAACGUGGAGGAAAUACUAGUCUUAAGUGAACUUCUAUUGGCUAACACCAGGUGUGCUCUACGGAUAGCAUUAUUUUGAAUUAAGGAUUAAUGUUUAACCUUUAUAAAUUAUAUUCUAAGUGCUAGAUUAUAAUUUGUAAAAAAAGUUUAUUUUUAAUGUUUCUCUAAAUUUAAAAUAAAGCUCAUAUUUUUAAUGCCUAAUUUUGUCAUCAGUGUCAACCUGAAAGGGAAGAUCUGAGGCACAAUUAAUGCGAGAGUUUGUGCCAAGGUUGAGAACCACAUCGCCGGUUACCUUGAAGAUGCUCCAGAGUAAAUGGAGAGACUCCAUUUUUUUUUUUUUUUGCUACCCUCGGGUAGAGGGUAGAGUGCUCAGUAGAGGGUAGGUUAGCUCCACUUUGCUACCUUCGGUAGAGUGCAAUGAUGUCAGAGCUCACAGCAACCUCAAACUUGUGGACUUAAGUAAUUCUCUUGCCUCAGCCACCCAAGUAGCUGGGAUUACAGGUGCCUGCCACAACGCCCAGCUAUUUUUAGAGAGGAGGUCUUGCUCUGGCUUAAGCUGGUCUCCAACCUGUGAGCUCUGGCAAUCCACCCGCCUCGGCCUCCCAGAGUGCUAGGAUUAUAGGGGUGAGCCACUGCACCUGCCGAGAGACUUCAUUUUUAAAGAAAAGUUGGACAUAUCAGAAGGGGCGAUUACAGAAGUUUUUCAUCGGGAAUUCUCAUUUGUUUGUAGAAACCACAUCACUUUAUGCCUCCUCAGAGUCACUCUCAUAGCAAGAGGCUUCAGAGGCAGUUAUUUAGCUCAAGGGGGAGUGCAUUCUGGUGCCUCUCUGGGCCUGAUAACUGAAAAGGGCUUAAAUUCUUCAGAUAAAAAGUUUCCUCUUUCCCCUCCCACAUCAGUGUGCUAUUACUCCAGUCUGAUGGGUUUCCUCACAUUUUUGAGCCCUGAAACUGUUCUGACUCUGCAUUAUUCCAUGUAUUUUCUAAGAGCAUUUCAGCUUGCUGUGUCAACGUCUAGAAAAAUUGAAAUUACAAAUAGAAAAUACAAGUCUCAAAAUAAUAGUCUUUUUUCCUGUGCAUAUACUCAUUUAUCAUUUUAUUACACUUAUCCCUUCUAUAUGUAUAUGGUGUUUUGCAGCUUCCCCCCCCCCUUUUAUUCAAAGAGAAUAUUUGGGGUGUUUUUCCAUGUUGGUGAUGUAUGUUUUUCAUUCUCAAAUGACUAGUACUUCAUCAUUUGUGGGAUAUAUUAUAAUUUCAUCUCAUCAGGGGACCAUUUGACUUGUUUCAGGGUUUUUCUGCUUCAAAUAAAGCUGUGCCUGCUUUAUAUUUUUGCAUAAUGGUGUGU